AUGGACGAUAGCCAUAUCCUUGGUGAGGAUCUGCCCCUCCCACCGGCGCGGCUUUUCCAAAGGCUCGCGCAACUGCCUGGAUAUUCCUGGGACCAGUCCUCCGAACCUGUCCAUUCAACAUAUAAUCACUGGCAUGUCCUUGGUCUCCGACAUGCUGCGGACCCCGAAGGUUCCACGCCGCUUGCGACGUCGUCCGGACCGUCGAGUAUAGCUCGCAGCUCCCCCCGAACCGACUCACGACCUCCCUUCCGUCAUCAUUGGAGAAGCAGCUUGAGCGAGUCUAGUAGCGAGUUAUCGCUUUCUCGCCUAGAUCAUGAAUUUAUAUGGAUUCCGGUCAUCGCCAGGGUCUCGUCGCACGUCGUGAGGUUAGAACGCGAGUUCCAUAUGAUGAGAUCAAUCGUGCAAACAUCAGAUCCGGACUGCAACUAUACAAUGCGGCCACUUGACCUCAUUCGUUUGCCUCCAGACCCUGACGAUGCAGGCCCUCUGUUGGUGGCAAUUUUCGAGUCUCCGGGACAGAACAUGUUGCGAGAGUUGGUCGCGUUUGGGCCAGCCUGGUUUGCAGUUGGUGGCAGAGGCGAUAGCGUGGAGCCAAGUCCUGGAGAGCAGGUUUCUCUCUCGGUGUUCCUUGACUUUUCCAUCGGCGCGUGUGACUGCCUAGAACUACUCCACUACGGGUUGAAGACUGUUCACGGCGAAAUUCGACCAGAUGCUUUCCACUUCAAUAGAGAGGCUGGGUCCGUGAAGCUGAUGAAUACUGGCAAUGGCGCCAAAGCUUUCGACAAUGUGCUGAGCGAGGGCUGGCUUACAAUAUCGAGGGAGCUUGGAGUGAAAAACAAGUUGCAGUUUAUUGCACCGGAGCAGACGGGGAGAAUGCCAACCGAACCUGAUAGUCGAACAGAUAUCUACGCCCUGGGGGUUCUUUUCUGGACAAUGCUGGUUGGGAGGCCUGCUUUUACUGGUACCGAUCCAGUUGAAGUUGUCCAGAAUGUCCUCGGAAAGAAGCUGCCGCCAGUUUCAUCCAAGAGAAUGGAUAUUCCGGACGCGGUUUCAGCAGUAAUUCAGAAAAUGACGCAUAAGGCGGUCAAUGAGCGAUACCACACCAUAUCCUCCGUCAAAAGGGAUCUUUCUCAGAUUUCUCAGCUGCUUGGUGAUGGUGAUAGUGAGGCUCUGAAAGAUUUCCAGGUUGCUCAGCGUGAUGUCUCAUCAUUUUUCACCCUUCCAACUAAGAUGUUUGGCCGUCAAGGGGAAUAUGAUAAAAUAUUGAGUGUGGUUGAAAAGGUGUCUAAACGCCAGCAGUCAUCCUACUCAAAAGUUGCUACUCAAUUUUCAGGUAGAAUUGGGUCGAACUCCUCUCUGUCGGAGGGACGCGUUGACAGCUUUGAUUUCGCGUCAGUUUCAAGUGACUCUGGCUCAUUCCAGUUAAACCCCAGAACUAAUACCAACCUUGGACGUGCAUCUACCCACGAAUCCCUCCAUAGCACCGAGUCAUCACUUUCCAUGCCGAAACCUACUUCGAACAAAGCAAGGAGCCCCGCGGAUUCGCGCUUGAAUUGGGACAAUGGAGAUCAGGAAACGCCAUCUUCUGGUGUAACUGUAACGAGCUCGCAGGGGCACGAAAGUCCCCUCGUUCCCGUCAAUCGACAUAAAGUUCAACAAAAACUCCGUCGGUAUGGAAAAUGUGAAGUCAUCACGAUCAGUGGUGCGGCCGGUAUGGGGAAAACUGAUUUACUGAACCGUAUCCAACCAGCAAUACGUAAAUUGGGCUAUUUCGGCAUUGCCCGGCUGGACCGGGCAAGAAGGGUCCCUUUCGAGCCCUUUGCAAAGGUCCUUGCUAGCCUACUUCGUCAGGUGUUUUCCGAGCGGGAUGUGACCACGGAUUACCAUAACACCGUCCGCUGCGCGCUGAGACCGAUGUGGUCGACUUUACAUCGAGUUUUGGAGCUCCCAGAGCAACUUAUGUCUCCAGGAACCACUGACAAACAGGUGUCUCCCAAAUCUACGGCAGCCCAGCAUAUUUUCAGAGACUUGACGAGGGGUGAGCCGUCGAAGCGGACGCCCCUCCCGCGGCUUGACCACGGGCAAAGUUCUGUGGACUUCUUUCUGACCAAUGCGGCCUCAAAGAACAUGCGACUAAUGGAAACAUUUUUGGAAAUUCUAAAAAUACUCUCCCAAUUCAAAUUGAUCUGCGUGUGCAUUGAUGAUUUGCAUUUCGCUGACGAUGAGACUAUGGAGUUGAUAACCAACAUUGUCAAAGCCAGAAUCCCGUGUGCUCUUAUUCUUACGGGCCGGAGGUCGGAAAUCGAUUCCGGCGCGAUAAAGUCGUUCUUUGAAGAUGACAACCCCACAGUGACACGGGUAGUACUGAAACCACUCAAUGAAGACGAAGUGAUGGAAGUCGUGGCAGCAACGAUGCAUCAGCCUCCAAACCCAAUGCUGACACCCCUUGCAGCCGUCAUCCAGGAAAAGAGCGUGGGCAAUCCUUUCUAUGUGCGCAUGAUGCUGGACACUUGUUAUAAUAAGAAUUGUAUCUGGUACUCUUGGAAAAACUCGAUAUGGGAGUUUGACCUCGACCGGAUUUUCACUGAAUUCGUGGCCCCCAGAUAUGGCGAAGGUUUGGGGAUUGGGUUUAUCACCAAACGUCUACAAGAGAUUCCGCCGGCGGCACGCUCAAUCCUCGUUUGGGGUGCUUUGUUGGGCAGUCCUUUUUCAUUUUCUUUGGUGCAAAAGCUCCUCACGAGCGAGUUCCUAUACUCUAGCGAGGAUGAUGAGGCGGUGGACCUCACAUGCCCCCAAAACGCGAACCUCAUUCGACAGUCCGAGGCUGAUAUUGUCGUUGGGUUGCAAUAUGCGGUACAAGCGAACCUCAUCAACCCCGGAAGUACCGACGAUGAAUUCAGGUUUGCCAAUGAUCGGCUCGUACAAGCUGCGUCAUCGUUGACCGAAGGGCGUAAUGUUGAGAAAAUGCAUUUUAUCAUAUCUCAAGCAAUGAGGAAAUACUAUCACGACGGUCGAAGCCGCUACUCAAUAGCACGACAUAUUGCUCUGGGGUCUCGAAUCAUCAAGUCUCGUGUUGUCGAAAGGCUUGAGUAUAGAAAAAUCCUUUGGGAUGCCGCGCAAACCGCUGCCCAAUCAGGGGCGCGCCCGACUGCCCUCUGGUACUACCGGCACUGUAUCGCGUUUCUCCAGGAUAAUCCAUGGGAUGACAAUUGCAUUGAUGUCUACUAUGACGAAACGUUACGCCUUCAUAUAUCUACAGCUGAAAUGGCUUGGUCUCAAGGGUUCAACAACGAAGCUCUCGACUUGCUUUACAAAGUAUUCCAGCAUGGGAAAACGGCCGUUUGCAAAUCAAGAGCUUGGAUUAUCAAGGCAAAGAUAUACGCCCAGCUAGGCGACCAUCCUCGUUCCAUGGACUCGCUACUUACGUGUUUGGAAGAGCUCGGCAUCCAUCUUCGAGGAUCGACCAGUUACGAAGAGUGUGAUGUUGCCUACAACAAGCUUAAAGGCCAUCUCGACCAGACGGAUAUAAUGGCGAUUGCUCGCAAGCCUAUCAGCAAAGACAUCAACACGAUCACAAUUGGGAUAGUGAUGGCAGAGGCCAUGUCGGUAACCUUCUGGGAUGAUGGCCUAACCUUCUACAGAAUGGCGAUUGAGAUGAUGAAUCUUCACCUUUUCCGAGGAGGGUUUGUCCAAAUCUGCAUCGGCUGCUCCCACCUUGCUAUGAUCUCAUUUAGCAGGUUUCGUGAUCUUAACCUGGCUGUAAAGCUCAGUGAACUGUCCGUUUCCCUGCUCGACCGAUGCCCUGAGUUAUGGACUCGCAGUCGAGGAUCUGUCGUUUAUAAUUUCUAUAUUGGCCAUUUGCGGGGACCUCUUGCAGCUACACUCCCGGCUCUUGAAAACUCCGUUGAGACGUCGCUUACCUUGGGCGAUCCAUACAUAGCGUUAAUUACCAUCUCAUCGAUGGGCAUGACGAGGCUAUUCCUUGGUCACGAUCUUGUCCAGGUUGAAGCGUUCUGCAAUGAAAGUGCAGAGGAAAUCAAUGACUGGGCUUCUGAUACUCGUGGUGGGGCCUCGCUUGUUACUGUUAGACAAGUAGCGCGGGCCCUACAAGGGAAGACUGAAUAUAAAGCGGCUGAUACGGUGAUGAAUGACGAGAACCACAACACCGCCGAAUAUCUCGAGUACCUAAAAAUGAACGCCAGUAAUCCUGACCGCCCUCGCGACAUCUAUAAUGCCCUCGCGAUGAUUCCGUUAUAUCUAUACGGGCAUCAUGAGAAGGCCAUAGAGCUGGCCGCGCAAAUGGACGAUAGUAUAUGCAGACUUUGGUCCUCUCGGAUUUCCUACCUUUUGUAUUUUUACUCCGCACUUUCCCACUUGACUUUGCAUAAUGACAAUCCGACAAAAUGCUAUCUCGACGGAAAGCUGGAGACUGUCCUCAAGUACAAAGCGGAAAUCGACUUUGCGCGGGAGGCAUGCGAUGCUAAUUACGGAAUGUGGUCUUUGAUUUUGCAAGCGUUAAUAUAUGAGGUCCAACAUGAUCAUGCAUCUGCGCUCCAAACCUUUGAAGCCGCAAUCGACCACUGCCAAAUACAUCAGUACCCGAUGGAAGAAGCUCUCGCACUGGAGCUCUAUGGAGAGUUCCUGGUCCGUCGUGGAGCAAAAAGAGGAGCUCGUUCCGUGAUGCAGGACGCUAUCAACGCCUGGGCGGCGAUAAGCGCCGUCGGAAAGGCAGCUCAACUGACUGAAAAGCACGAAUGGCUAUUGAGAACAGCCACAUCGUGCCGGGCCGUGGAUGUUGGCUGCCAAACGGUCGAUUCGCUCCUUGGAAUCAAUCAGGGCGUUGCACAGGAGCACAUUGGAACAACUCAACCUAUGCACGAGGACGAUCGGAAAAAUCGCUGGCUUGAGCAAAGCGGUACUACACCGGGCGAGCACUCGCUUGAUAUAUCGGGUGUUGGACUUGAUAUCAUCGAUCUAUCGAGCAUACUUGAAUCCAGCCAAGUGAUGUCUUCUGAACUUCAGAUUGACAAACUUCUGACGAAGAUGAUCGAGAUUGUCCUGGAGUCGUGUAACGGGUCUGACUUCGCUGUAAUUGCAACCAACUUUGACAAUAACUUUACAAUUACUGCCGCGGGCGACCUUGAAAAGGGCCAGAGAUCGUUUGUUGACGGUCUGCCAUUCUCUGAAAUGGAAGACAAAAUGGCUCAACAAAUAACCCAUUAUGUCAUGCGCACUCGAGAAGAAGUCCUCGUUCACAAUGUUCUAGAGGACGAGCGUUUCUCCAACGUGUCUGAAGCCUACCAAGCCCGGAACACUCUCAGCCGGUCUGUGAUUGCACUGCCCAUCAUGCAGGGAGAACAUCUUCUCGGAGUGAUCCAAGUCGAGGGGAAACCAAAUUCAUUUACUCAACGAAAUCUCGUUGUGCUGCAUCUCUUAUGCAAUCAAAUCGGGAUCUCAUUGUCGAAUGCGUUGCUCUUCCGCGAAAUCCGUAAAGUCAGUGCGACGAAUGCCUCGAUGGUCGAAACUCAAAAGCGAGCUCUUUCGCAGGCUCGAGAGGCCGAACAAAAAUCCAAGGUGGCGGAAGCGGAAGCUAAACACAAUGUGAAGCUGAAGGAGGAUGCUGCAAAGGCGAAGUCAAUAUUCCUUGCCAACAUUUCUCACGAUCUGAGAACGCCAAUGAAUGGUGUUAUCGGUCUCUCCGAGCUGCUCAAGGGAACGAAAUUAGAUCAGGAGCAGGAUGAAUACGUUGAGUCGAUUCGUGUCUGCGCGGAUACAUUGCUUACUCUCAUAAACGACAUUUUGGACUUCUCCAAACUCGAGGCGGGCAAGAUGAAGAUCUCUACCGUUCCAUUGAACAUUAGAGAGACAAUUUCAGAAGUCGUCCGGGCGCUCCGCUACACCCAUCGAGACCGAGGGUUGGAAACGAUCGAGGAUCUAGAUAACGUCCCGCCGGACCUUGUUGUGCUUGGUGAUCCUGUUCGACUUCACCAGAUCUUCAUGAAUCUCCUAAGUAACAGCUACAAGUUCACGCCGAAGGGAUCUGUAACUGUUUCAGCAAAGGUAUCCCGAGAAGGCAAGGGCCGCGUUCGUCUUGAAUGCUCGGUGUCUGACACGGGUAUUGGAAUCCCCGACGAGCAAAAACCCCGGCUUUUCAGGCCGUUUUCGCAGGCAGAUAGCUCGACAGCAAGAUCUUAUGGUGGCAGUGGUCUUGGGCUGAGCAUUUGCAAGGCCAUCAUCGAAGACGUCCUCGGUGGUGCUAUUUGGCUCGAUUCGACUCCUGGUGCAGGGACUACAGUCACAUUCCAUCUGUCCUUCAACAAGGUCAAGAGUGAGAUGGGGAAGACGCCGUGGUCCAAAGCAACAUUGAACGACAAGACUGCUCCUCGGCCUGUCGUACGGGACCUGAGUAUGGUCCCUCGGGAUCAAAUCCGAGUAUGCAUCGCCGAAGAUAAUCCCAUCAACCAAAAGAUCGCCGUCAGAUUCGUGACAUCGCUCGGCCUACAAUGCGAAGCAUGCAGCGACGGACAGCAGGCCGUCGACGCCUUGAGAGCGCGCUCGCAGGAGGGAAAUCCAUUCCAUGUCGUCUUGAUGGACGUCCAAAUGCCCACUCUGGAUGGAUACAACGCGACGCGUGAAAUACGACGGGACUCAGACCCCAACGUCAAUGAGGUCCUUGUUAUUGCAAUGACUGCGAGCGCUAUUGAAGGUGACCGCGAGAAAUGCCUCGAAGCGGGGAUGAACAAUUACCUCCCUAAGCCGGUUCGAUCGAACAUCCUGAGCGAUAUGCUAGACAACUAUCUCGCACCGGUGCCGACAUUUACAAAAACACGACUGGCUGUGCGGGGAAGAGGAAGUGUAAGCACUGACUCGGGGGUGUCGAAUAGCGCCGCCUCACCUAUGCCGUCGUCUAGCCCCGAUGAGAAUGUGGCUCCAGAAGAGAACAAUCAUAACUGA